UAAAAUUAUUUAGAGCUUUUUUAUUACUUAAAUAAAUGCUAAAUGGCCUUUAGGCCUUACGGAUUCACAAUCUCCUCCUCCCUUCGCAACGCUUCCGCCGCCAACGACCGCCUCUUCUCCUUCCUCUCCGUCCCUCCUCCUUCCUCCCCGGCCACGUGGCAGAACCUCCUCUUAUCUCUCCGCGGAUUCGCCUCUAGCGCCUCGCUCUACCGCCCCCAACAACAACAGCCUCGCGUGAAAGGUUUAGGUAAACCGGAAGAAACGAUGGCGCAGAAGAUCGGUAAAUCUAUCCGGCGCGCCGGUGAGCCGUCGAAGGCUAGGGUUUACGCCGACGUCAACGUCGUCAGGCCUAAGGAGUAUUGGGACUACGAGUCCCUCGCUGUUCAAUGGGGUGUACAGGAUGAUUACGAGGUGGUGAGGAAAGUGGGAAGGGGAAAAUACAGUGAGGUCUUUGAAGGCAUCCAUGCCACUGAUGACGAGAAAUGCGUUAUCAAGAUUUUGAAGCCUGUGAAGAAGAAGAAGAUUAAGAGAGAGGUAAAGAUUCUGCAGAACCUCUGUGGUGGGCCGAACAUUGUGAAGUUGCUUGACAUUGUUAGAGAUCAGCAGUCGAAGACGCCCAGCUUGGUAUUUGAGCAUGUGAACAAUAAGGAUUUUAAAGUCCUUUAUCCAACUCUCUCGGACUAUGAUGUUAGAUAUUAUAUCUACGAACUUCUAAAAGCGUUGGACUUCUGCCAUUCGCGAGGAAUCAUGCACAGAGAUGUGAAACCGCAUAAUGUCAUGAUUGAUCACGAGCAACGGAAACUACGUUUAAUUGACUGGGGUUUGGCGGAAUUCUACCAUCCUGGGAAAGAAUACAAUGUCCGUGUUGCUUCAAGAUAUUUCAAAGGUCCAGAGCUGCUGGUUGAUUUGCAGGACUAUGACUAUUCCUUAGACUUGUGGAGUCUCGGGUGCAUGUUUGCUGGAAUGAUAUUCCGCAAGGAGCCCUUCUUUUAUGGUCAUGACAACUAUGAUCAAUUGGUCAAAAUUGCAAAGGUACUUGGCACAGAUGAACUCAACACCUACCUGAACAGAUACCGCAUAGAGUUGGACCCUAAUCUUGCGUCCCUCGUUGGGAGACAUAGCCGGAAGCCGUGGUCGAAGUUCAUCAACUCUGAAAACCAGCACUUAGCAGUUCCUGAGGCUGUUGAUUUUGUGGACAAAUUGCUGAAAUAUGAUCACCAAGAAAGGCCAACUGCUAAAGAAGCAAUGGCACAUCCGUACUUCCACCCGAUUAGAAAUGCUGAAAGUAGUCGCACCCUUCGUGGCUAAAUGAUCCUGAAACAUUUGCUGGUUCACUAUUUGAUUUUCACGUCUUUACGGAUUCUAUUGGUUUAAAAUCGAUUGGCCAUGUUUCUUUCUCUCGAUUGUGUAUUGUUGUGGGGUUUUUCUCAGUGUCUCUUUUAAAUAUUUUAUAAUAUAAAAUUUAACAUUCUUUUGACA